ACUUAGUCUCCCCCUGUUGCUCCAGGUAAGCUGAAAUCUGUCCGUCAUCAUUACUCAGAACUCCGACAUGGAUUUCAACAACAGCUCGCUGCGCUAUCUCCACGUGGAGUUCAACCCGCUGACUGAAAUCAUGGACGAGAACGAAACGAACUCCACGCUCGGUGAGCGGAACUUGUCGAGCUGCGUCCAGAUCCGGAUCCCGCAGGAGCUUUUCCUGGCGCUGGGCAUCGUCAGCCUGGUGGAGAACAUCCUGGUGAUCCUGGCGAUCAUCAGGAACCGCAACCUGCACUCGCCCAUGUACUACUUCAUCUGCUGCCUGGCCGUGUCCGACAUGCUGGUGAGCGUCAGCAACGUGGUGGAAACCAUCUUCAUGCUCCUGAACGACCACGGCCUUCUGGACGUGCACCCGGGCAUGCUGCGCCACCUGGACAACGUCAUCGACGUGAUGAUCUGCAGCUCCGUGGUGUCCUCGCUCUCCUUCCUGUGCACCAUCGCCGCGGACCGCUACAUCACCAUCUUCUACGCGCUGCGCUACCACAGCAUCAUGACCACGCAGCGCGCCGUCAGCAUCAUCGCGGUGGUGUGGCUGGCCAGCGUCGCCUCCAGCAUCCUCUUCAUCGUGUACCACACCGACAACGCCGUCAUCGUGUGCCUGGUCACCUUCUUCUGCAUCACCCUGGUGUUCAACGCGGCGCUCUACCUGCACAUGUUCGUGUUGGCCCACGUGCACUCGCGGCGCAUCACCGCGUUUCACAAAGGCAGGCGCCAGUCCACCAGCAUGAAGGGCGCGAUCACCCUCACCAUCCUGCUCGGUGUCUUCAUUCUGUGCUGGGGGCCUUUCUUCCUCCACCUCAUCCUCAUCCUCGCCUGCCCCACCAGUCCCUUCUGCAACUGCUUCUUCCGGAACUUUAACCUUUUCCUAAUUCUGAUCAUCUGCAACUCCCUCAUCGACCCGCUCAUCUAUGCCUACAGGAGCCAGGAGCUGCGCAAAACCCUGCAGGAGCUGGUCCUGUGCUCCUGGUGCUUUGGCAUGUAGCGGCCGUGCGCGUCACCGGUAAAUUGAGGCAAAUUGAGGUCAACGUAAGAUCUUUCAUCCGAAGAACUGUUUCUCUGUGAAGGUUUUAUUGGGCGGAUUGGUCCUCGAGCUGCACGCAGCACUUACAAGAUGAAGGAGGAAUCUUAUGAAGACGUUUGCUAAUCCCAGCAUGGAGCUGGGAUUAGUUUCACUGGGAGAUUUUGCCGUUUCAUUGUUGCUCGAGAACGCUCAAUGCCCAAUACUUUCUAACUUCAGGGCCUUUUCUUUGACAAUGCUGUCAGAUAACUCAAGAGAUCUUUAACCUAAAAAUAGUCAUUUAACUUUACAUUAAUAAAUAUCAAAGUCCAGUGAAAUAUUUGACAGCUAGAAGGUCACAGCCGCCUAGAAUUUAGGCGAGAAACAAAACAUAUUUUCUGUGAUCAUUUGUGUCAACAUUUUGUCUGACAAUCAGUUACUUAAAGUGACUUUUUUUUAUGCUGCAAGAAAAUAUAAUAUUAGAUUUCAACAUUUUAUGAAACAAAAGAAAUAUCCACCAGCGGAUCAGUCAGUUAUUCGGGAUCUUAAUCUGCAAUAUUUUUUGUAAGAGGCCUGAACGGGGAUCCGCAGAACGUUGUUGGAUUAAAAUAUACGAGAGUUACCUUUAUGAUUAUUCAUUUCCAUAAUUCACAAACCAACUGAAAUAUUGAUAUGCAACGGCUUAAAUAUAUGGUACCAAAGGAUUUGUUUGGAGGUAAAAAUGGAGGGAGGAAAAAAUAAAAUGACGAAGGACAAAGAUGCGUAUGAUAUUUUACUAUAAUCAAUAACCAAAUCAACAACAACAACAACAACAACAACAACAACAACAACAAUAAUAAUAAUAAUAAUAAUAAUAAUAAUAAUAAUAAUAAGCAAUAUUAUCUCUAUUGCAAUAACUUAUAACAUCUUUCAGCAUGAACCAUCUGGCAGGGGGCAAACAAUAGAAAUUGACCUCGGCUGUAAUUCAUUUACAUUUGUGUUGUUAAAAAUGUUCAUUAAUGUACAAUAUCCAUAAAUAGAUCAAUCUAAAAAAGAAUAAAUAUUAAGGUAUAUUUUAUGAUUUACAUAACAAAAAAAGAAAAGAAAACCCCAAACAGUUUUGUUUUUGGGGUUUUAUUUCGAAAAAGACCAAGUUUAUUCACUGCAUUGAUUCAGUAAAUCGUGGUUCCCAUUAAGUUAACCGAUUGAACUGCCUCUCAAAAUGCGCCUUGUUGAAACGAUCCUUCCGCUCUAGAAAUCGUGUUUUCUUAAACAAUGCUUGCAGUCAACAUCUCCGCCCAAAAAUAAAAGUGCGAAUGAGACGCGGAGAGGAAAAAAAAACACUGAUGGGAGAAAAAAAAAAUCACAUGAGCAGCUCAACGCCCGAGGCUCAUUGCAUGGGACGUUUAUGAAAGGAGGCUUAAUCAAAGUAAGGCUGUUUCUGGAGACGUGAUUCCCGGGAAACUUCAAAGACGCGGCUGUUCCGGAUUUGAGUUUAGUCUGCUCAGGUCUGAACAUCUUUCUGCUAGGAAAGAUUAUUAUUAUUAUUAUUAUUAUUAUUAUUAUUAUUAUUAUUAUUAUUAUUAUUAUUAUUAUUAUUAUAUUGACCUCAGAGAGAAAUUCAAUGUAAAGCUGUGAUUAUUUUCUUUAUUUUAUGCGCUUCUUGUUCUAAAGUUUUAUUUACCGUUUCAAAAGUUUCAAUUUAAGUUUUAGGUUUACAUACGAUAACUUGAAUCAAUGCGUACCACUGUAUUUACAGCGUUUAGUACAUCACUGUAGCCAAUGAAAUCGAAAUGGCUUAGCAAAAAUUUUUUUAACACAACAAAACCUCCAUCUUAUCUUAUUUGUUCUCUUUGUUUUUUCUUACACCUGUUCCUAAAAUUAAACACAGGUUAAUAGAAAUGAUUAAUAAUACUAACUGGAAAAAAAAAAUAUGUAGCUAAGCUUUCUGUGUAAAUAGACUAAGCAAAACCUUAGUUCAUAGCUAAGGGAUGCCUUUCUGUUUCGACUAAGGAGAUCCAAGACUGAUCCAUUCUCUACAUGUAAGGCUUGGAAAGGAGAUGAGUAAUUAUGUUUUAAGAGAAAUGACAAAUUGUGUCUUUAGUAUUUAUUGUUUCUGUAUGAUUGUACAACAAUCAUAGCCAUUUCAGGGCCUCUAAAGACUUUUUUAUUGUAUGUAAACUUGCAAAUAUGUGUCUCUGGGGGUAAAAUAUUUCUGAUGAAAGCUGCAGUUUUACCUGUUUUAUGUGUGAAAUGGUCAGUGUGACACUAUUAUAAAAAAAAAGAGAGUUGAUUUUUCUAGUCUUAUUGUUUUCAUAAUAAAAAAAGUUCAAUUAAAAAUGU